AUGGCCUCGGACCUCGAGCGCUACAUCAGCGACAAUGCUCUCGAGUUCUUCGGACUCGCCGACAAGAGCAUAGUCGACUAUGUCAUCGCGUCUGCAUCGUCUUCAAAGUCGGCUGAAGCUCUCUUUGCCGCACUCAACGCCUCCGGCUUACCCGACACACCAUCCUCGCACGCCUUCGUCUCGGAGGUUUACUCCCGCGUCCCUCGCAAGCACAAGCACAAACACAAGUCCUCCGCCGCGAAAGACACCCCCUCCCUCCAACCCCAAAAGUACUCCUUCGUGCUCGACGACGAC